AUGAGGAUUAAUGUGUUUGUUUUCUUCCUAGUGCUUCCUAUUUACAAGGCGCAGGAUCAUGUUCAUGAGUUUUAUCCAAUUAUUGAGAAAGGUCCAAGCAGUUUUAUGGACCCCCCACAGAGCAAUCAAACCAGGCUCAUGGUGAAAGAACCUUCUCUGCCCAUCAAUGAACUUCUAGAGAAGAGCAGCAGGACCGGUGAAUCCAAAUUUUCUCUCCAUUCUUUACCUGCUGCCAUCUGGCCAAAGCACAGCGAUCUGGCACCCAUCCCUCGCCACCACGGUCCCCACAACAAGAGCAAGCGAGGCCCCAAAAGCGAGCACCUGUUGGACCUGAGCACAGAUAAAACCAGAGGAGAAGCGGCCGGUCUGCUUCCCAAACCUUCCCUGACGGGGUCGGCGGCCACCGAACGCACAACUCAGUCUGACAUCGGACCACCUCAGCCCACCGAACCUGAGGCCCAUGCAAACUCCAGACCCAAGAGUGCUCCUCAGCCUCAGCCUGCUCCGGCACCUUCUCCUCGCAGAGACCUACCUAACAGACGCCUAGACCCAGAGGAGAACCGUCCGGGCAAAGCCGGUCUUUACCAAUCCGGUAUCGGCACGGGUCCGCCUCGGAACAACAGCCGACCGCCUGUCACCUUCAACCGACGCUCCUCCAGCCUUCUGUACCAAUUUGACAUCCUCAGACGAGAGUCAGACCUCACUCAUGAUGCCUUUUGCAUGGGCGAGUGCAGGAAGGAGAAAGAUGAGCGGGAUUAUUACUGCUACAGCGAGUUUGCGGUCAACGGGGUCGUCCAUGACAUUGACGUACUGCGUAAAGGGAUUCGUCUCAUUACGUUGAUGGUGAGCGCCGACGGCUUCUACAAGACCAGUCGCCUCUAUGCCACCCCAGACAGCUUCUUCUUUAAAGUGCGCCUUCUAGUUCUGGACACCUACAAGUGCAGCAAACCCUGUCCUGAUAUCAAGCUUGGGACCAGAUACAUUGUUAUGGGUCAGAUCUACCACCGGAGGCGUCAUCUUCCGAGCGACCUCCUGAACCUGCUUGGCAGUCGACUCAAACCAGGCGACGGCAUCCUGAGGAGCAGCAACUACGUGAAAAGGUUCAACAAACGGAAGCACCAGAAGGUCCUGGAAGCCACCCGUAACAAGUGUCGGUGA